UUAUAUUGACUAACAUUGGCAGGUUGUUAUGGACUGGACAGCCUGCGGUUCCUGGUAAUGGGUGAUUGGGGUGGUCUGCCUUUUUCACCAUAUGACACCCCUGUUGAAGUUGCUGUUGCCAAACAGAUGGCAGAUGUUACAAGUAGGUGCCAAACAAGCUUCAAUCUAGCUCUCGGAGAUAACUUCUACUUCGAUGGAGUAAAAGAUGUAGAUGAUGACAGGUUUAAGAACACAUUUGAAAAAGUGUACAACUAUGAUCAGCUACAAAAUCCCUGGUAUUUGGUCGCAGGAAAUCAUGACCAUAAUGGAAAUGUCUCGGCACAGAUUGCUUACUCACAAAGGUCAAAAAGAUGGAAUUUUCCCAACUAUUACUAUGCUUUGAGAUUUCCAAUCCCAGGGGGAGCUACAGUAGAUAUUGUGAUGAUUGACACAAUAUUGUUGUGUGGUAACACAAGACAUGAUUUCAUUGGUGAUCAACCUAAGGGACCUAAAGAUAUAAAGGCAGCUGAGGAUCAGUGGCGUUGGAUAGAAAAGCAACUAGAGACAUCAAUAGCUGAUUAUUUACUUGUUGCGGGACAUUUUCCAGUCUACUCCAUAGCAGAACAUGGUCCAACUGAGUGUUUACUUGAUCGGCUCAAACCAAUGUUAUAUAAGUACAAAGUUUCUGCAUACUUUAAUGGCCAUGAUCAUAACUUACAGCAUCUGACAAGUAGUGAGGAUGGACACACAAUUGAAUACUUUGUUACCGGGGCAGCUAAUUUUGUAGACACUAGUAAAGCCCAUGAAGAUGAUGUUCCAAAAGAUUCUCUGAAGUUCCACUGGGCAAAACUGGCAGAUCUGGGAGGAUUUUCGUACGUUGAGGCCACGCCCCAGAAUAUGACCAUGACCUAUAUAGAUGGAAUGAGUCACAAGCUUUAUCAACAUUCAUUCCUUCCAAGAAAACUUCACAAAAUUAAAAAUUAGUUUAUCUAAAACACACUGACACUGAAUUGGUGGCAUUAAUAAUGUUGUAUUUCGACCAUUUUCUAAGCGCAAGUUGAGAAAUUAAUAUUUUCUGGUUAAAUCAAAAUUUAUUGACAGUGUAAAUUUUGGAUUUUUUAGCACAAGUUGAAGAACAGCAAUUUUUAUAAUUUUGUAUUUGAUAUAAUAGUUUGACUGGAACAGAUGGGCUAAUUAUUUGUCAAUUUUUAGAUGCCUAUGAUACAGUUGCCAAAAAAUAGAACAUGAAAUGCAUAACUUAACUCUAAUACAUGUGAUGAUGUUGAUUCGAUACAGUGUAUAUUUUUGUGACUUUUUGUCAAGCUUUUAUAAUCAGUCAUUUAGAAAAUCCUGUCCAUUAACUAACAUAUUUAUCAUUUAAGUGUAUUAUAAAUAUGUGCAUAUAUAUACACCAUAGUUCUCCCCAUUAUUUGAUUUUCUUUUGUGAUUGUUAAUAUUGUUUCAUGUGAUAGUAAGUUUGUUGCCAUGGCAAUAUUUCACCAUUUACAAUGUUUAAAACUGAUAGGCAUUAGUACUUGAAGCUGGAGUUUGUUAUGACAAGUAGAUGUCUUAAUAUGACAUUGUUACAACACAAACUCAUUCUAGUGUGAUAUGUAUGUAAUAUUAUUGUUGUUAUUAUGUUGCAGCAGCAGAGAUAAGUGCCAUAUAUAUAUUUUCUCUAUGUUAUUUUAUUGAACAAAUGUAUAUUUUCAAAGAAUUAUUUUAUAAUUUUGCACUAAAUUUACAUAAUUUUAUGUGUGUUAUGGUGUGUGAAAUGGAGACCUUCCACCUGUAUAGGGUCAUGUUUAUGUGUAUAUUUCUGAUAACAGUGUAUUUUUCUUGCACCUUGCUGAUGUUAUUACAAGGACUUCAUUUCUAAUUUUGCAACUAUUCAUUAUCAGAUUUGGUUAUAUCAAUUCAAAAUUUUGAAGUUGGGGCAGUCAAUAGUAUAAAAUCUGGUUGGACUGAUAUGAUGUGCAAGCAAGCUAGCCUAACUCCAUACUGUGUGCAUUAAGGCUGCUCAUUUUUUUAUUCCAGAAUUCAAGGAUAAAAUGCAAUCUGUGUAAUAGAUUUUAGUUAAUAAGGAAACAAAAUAAUGAAGUUUAAAAUCAAUUUACGUUUAUACUUAUGUGGUAAAUCAAAACAGGGUGUUUUUAACCUAGGUGUGCCUUUCUAAAACAGGUUGCAAACGUCCAAAGUUUUGCAAAUUAAGGUGUUGGUCUGCUUCACAAAGAGAAAGGUUAACAAUUUAUUUUGUUUUGUGUGAAAGUAAUCUAGCAAAAUAAAUCUUAUAAAUAAAAUUUUGCAAGAAAAAUAUUGUUAAGAUUAUUUUCAUAAACUAAAUUGUUCCAAAAUGUUUGAUGCUUUUUUUCUCUUUUUAUUCGCUGCACUGUAUAGGUCAUUUAAUGAUAAAGAAAUACUCAGUACUGGUACAUGUAUUUGUUUUUGUUUGUUUUUGUUAGUACUUUAAAAGUAACUAAAUAGACUGAGAUGUACAUGUAUAUUGUUUUAAUUUGUUAGUUUUAAACAUUAUUUAUUGAAGUGCAAAUUGUGAAGAAAAAACCUUGUAGCAUAUUUGAACAUUUUCAAAACCUCCACUCUAUAAUUUGUUACUGAUUUUAUAUUGAAAGUUUAUUGUAAAUAUUGUGAAAAUAAUGACAAAUUAUACAUUCCUUAACUUGAAUUAUCCUACAUAUAGCAUUUUUUGUCUGUGAUAAUAAAAGAAACCAGUGCUGUUCAAGAAAAAUGAUCUAAUAUUGCCUGAAAUAAUGUGUUUAGUAGAAUCAGAAGAUCUCCCUUACUUGUAAAAUUCAGAAUCCACCGCAUGAACUUAGCUGUGUUGAUUUGAUAGGAAUUCCAACCAAAAAUAUAGAAAUACACAAUAUUGUAUAUUAUUAUAUAUAUAUAUUUAUAAGACAAGUUUAAGUUAUACCAUCAUGGUGUAGAAACAAGUACACUUGAUGGAAUAAUAUUUUGCAUGUGAAGUUGGAUUGAACUGUUAUAAAUGUUAUUGAAAACUCGAGCACUUUUAAAAUGGAAUUAUCCUGAUUUUUUAGGUCUUUGUAUAGGGGUACCCCUAUGAUAUAGUUUGUAAAAUUAUAUAAUAUUUCAUAUCUGUUCACUAGGUAUAGUUUUGAUACGAUUUUUGUGUUGUUUUUCCAGAGAAAUGAAAGAUUGAAAUUCAAUAUUUGCUGCAGUAUGCAAAAUUUAAAUACAUAAGGGAAUUGCUCACCUUGCAAUGAAUAAAAUAUCAAAAGAUAACUCUGGGUGUGCGUUGCUGUGCAGUGUUGUUAUUUAUUUGUCUAAAACCUUGUAAAUUCUGUGUUAAACAGGGUUGAAUUCUGUGAUCAACUUUUUGUUCUAGAUUAAUGACAUUGCUUUAUGCAAAAAAAAAAAAAUUCUGAAAUGUUUAGUGUUACCAAAAAACAACUUGACACUUGCAUGGUAAUAAAUUCUGUACAACAAUUUUAUGAAAUAUUGUACUCAUAUUUAUACGCUGUAUGUCUGAUUAUCUUUGCAAAUAAAUCAUUAUAUAAUGCAUGAAAUGUUUAUUUUCGAAUAAAGAUAUUUACACAA